CACUGAUGAAAGACGUGAUAGUGUGAUCCAACAAUUUCCCCCCCAAAAAAAACUAGCUACAAUUUUCAAAUCCCUAAAUUCGAUAUUCAAAAACCAAUUUACUCCAACUGCAAAAUUCGAUGAACCAGACACUCACCUGCUGGCUGGUAUGCGUUCCCCUGCUCCUCGGCGCACUGGUCCUCGCCGGAACCCUAGCCUACCAAUCCCGAUCGCUCGCCUCCUUCCUCCCUCUGCACCCCAUCGCCGCCGCGCCCUGCGGCAGCGUCCGAUCGCCGCCCCUCCGCGUCUACAUGUACGAUCUGCCCCCACGCUUCAACGUCCAGAUGCUGGAUCCGUCCUUUCCCGACGGAACGCCGGUGGCGCCGGCAAAUUUCCCGGCGUGGAGGUGGAAUGACCGGCUCCUCCGACAGCACAGCAUGGAGUACUGGUUGAUGGCCUCCCUUGUGUACGAUGGUGGAGAUCACAUGCCCGGGUCGACCCGUGAGGCAGUUCGGGUCUCGGAUCCGGACUCUGCUGACGUGUUCUUCGUGCCGUUUUUCUCGUCGUUAAGUUUCAAUAUCUACGCUUGGAAUAAGAAGGGAUCUAAUGGAGUUGAUGAGCAGCUGCAGCUUGAGCUGCUCAAUAUUCUAAGAGCAUCAACCUAUUGGAAAAGAUCCGGGGGGCGAGACCACGUGAUCCCCCUUCACCAUCCCAACGCCUUCAAACACUAUCGUGAUCGAGUCAAUUCAUCCAUAUUCAUUGUUGCGGAUUUCGGGCGCAUACUUAAAAUUUCUAGGCUGGCAAAAGAUGUCGUUGCCCCUUACCCACACAUGGUAGAUUCGUACAUGAAUGAUGAGCCUGAGAACGCGUUUGAGUCGCGCGAGACUCUUUUGUUCUUCCGUGGCGGGACUAAGAGGAAGGACGCGGGAAAAAUUCGUGUCCAACUUCAUAAGAUUUUAAACGGGACGAACGAUGUCAUAUAUGAAGAGGGGCAUGCAUCUGGGGAAGGCUUCAAAGCUUCGGCCGAACGAAUGCAAUCAUCCAAGUUUUGCCUUCACCCGACCGGGGACACUCCCUCAUCUUGCCGACUAUUCGACGCGAUCGUGAGCCACUGUGUCCCGGUUAUCGUGAGCGACAAAAUCGAGCUACCGUUUGAAAACGAGAUGGAUUACUCGGAGUUCUCGAUUUUCUUCUCUGCUAACGAGGCACUUAAACCAGGUUAUAUGGUCAGUGAACUCAGGAAGAUUUCAAAGGAGAAAUGGAUGAAAAUGUGGUUGAGGCUCAAAAGCAUUUCUCAUCACUUUGAGUUCAAUUACCCUCCGGUGGAAGAGGAUGCUGUUAAUAUGAUUUGGAGACAGGUUAAGCAGAAGGUACCUUCGGUUAAACUUGCUGUACAUCGGAGUACAAGGCUGAAAAUACCAGAUUGGUGGAGGAGAUGAGGUGAUGGGAUGUAAUCUGUAACUUUUUCAACAAAUCCAAAAUAAUAGGUGAAAUUAACAUAAUUUAGGCAUUGUGUAUUAAUUACUCAAACCCGGCCUUUAAUAUUUCAGUAAAAAUAUAUUUCAUUUCAAAGCUAGUUAUAUUAAAUUAUUUGAUUAAGAUCACAAAUAAAAUACCCCAAGAACGAAUACUCGGAGUACAAAUAAAAUACUCUGCCAAGAUGGCCUAUCUGAACAUCUUGUGUGAAUUUGAAAUUCUUGGGAGUUGUUUUGUAAUCGUUGUGAUCGAGUUAGGGCUGCAAACGAGUCGAGUCAAGUCGAACAUUGGUCUUAUUUAGCAAGAUUGAUUUUUUUUU